AAUCAAAGGGCCUUCGAAAAGUCGCUGCUACUCCUCCACCUUCAUCACUUGUGCACGGUGCAAACCCUCGUUUCCAAUCGAAACCCCCCUCGCAUGAAAUAACAAAACAAAACAAAACAAAAAAACAGAAAAACGAAUUAAUAAUAAGAAAAACAGAAAAAAGCUCCAAAACCCAAAAGGGAAGGCCAUGGAUUCGUACCAAGCGCAGCAGCGGUACAUGCGGCCGCAGCCACCGGCCACGUCGGAUCCCUACCAAUACCAGCAACAGCAGCAGCAGCAGCAACCGAGACCACAGUGGUACUCGAACCACUUCCAGUAUCCGUCGCCUCAACAACCCCAGUGGGCUCCACCACCUCUCGCCGACCAUCUCCCUCCGCCAGGUUCUUAUCCUCCGCCGCCCCUUCCUCACCCUUAUCCUCCUCCGUACCCCCCCAACCACCACUUUCCUCCUCCUCCUCCCCCAUCUCGGCCUCACCUGCCUUCUCACCUCCCUCCCCCUCCGCCAAUUCCUCCACCUCACUCUUAUCCUCAGCACACCCAGGAGUGGGGAGCUGCACCAAGUUGGCCAAACAACCAAGGUUGGGAUUACCCAGCCCAUAAUAAUCAAGAAGAUUGGGAAGCCAAGGCUAAGGCAUGGGUAGAUGCGAGAGCGUCAACGGAGAAUCAACAUCAACAGUUGCAGUUUCCUCCGGCAGGCAGAGUAGAAGAGCAAAGUCAUUAUCAUGAUCAGUAUCCCCAGAACGUUGAUUCUCAUUAUUCUGGUACUCACCAUCAGUCACUUUCUGCAUCCAGCUAUCAACAGGUUCCAGUUUCAGGUACUCCAACACACCAGCCACUGGGAAUUCGUCCCCAGGAGACUUCAUCUUCGUAUGCUCAUCAUGCUGUUAGAGAUGGAAUGCCAGCUGUGGACACAAAUUCUGUGUUUCAUCGACAAGGAAACCUAUCUACUAGUCCAUCUGUUCAUCAGCAGGAGGUACCUUCUAGUUAUUCUUCUGUUACAGGCAAUGAAGGUUCUGCAGCUCAGGAAGAACAAUAUCACAUGCAACCAUCACAGCCAAUGCUCUUUGCAUAUGGCAGUCAGUCUGCUGACCCAACAACCAAUCUUGCUGACCAGCCUUUAGAGUUUGCACCUGGGUUUAAUUCUGAUCAUGGUCUACACCUGCAGCCCAGCUAUUCUUAUCACGACCCUGCUACCACAGUGCCUUCCAUGAAUACCUGGUCUACUUCUGUUGCACCUGGUGCAGGUUAUCCCUCUAGUCUUCCAGUUCCAUCGGGACCACAGCAUGAUCCUUCCAUGGCAAUACCCUCUCCUGUUCCUGGGCAUGCUCCACCUUCAUUUGGCAGUUUUCCUGGACUGAGCCUCCAGCCAACAAUUCCAUCUGCUGGUCCCCCCUUUGGUCUCACUGCAGGAACUGCAGUUCACCCUACUGCAGCCUUCCCUGGUGAUGCAUAUGGAGUUUCUACAGUUUCUGAGCGCCCCAAAAAGGCUUCAGUGCCUAAUUGGCUUAGAGAGGAAAUUAAGAAAGCAGUCAUCACAAGUUCAUCUAUGGACCAUCCUAAGGAGGAGACGCAAUCCAUUGAGGAUGAAGGAGUUGAUAGAUCUUUUGGGAAGGGAGAUCAAGCUGAUAGCAAGAGCAUCGAUUCUUCUAGAUCAACUGAAGAAGAGGAUGAUGAGGAUCAAGUGGAAGCAGCUAGGACUGCAGCAAUUAACCAGGAAAUAAAGCGUGUUCUAACUGAAGUUCUCUUAAAGGUUACUGAUGAUCUGUUUGAUGAAAUUGCUACAAAAGUUCUUACUGAAGAUGAUCUGACACUUGAAGUUGAACAGAGCACACUGACUUCAAACCAUAAGUUAUUGCCAUCUCCCCCAGCAGUUUCAGCUUUCAAGGCUUCUGCAAAGGUUCUAAUUCCGGCCAAGUCUAAGGAAUCUGAGACUGAAGAUGUCAGUGAAAAAUCCAGUUCCAGCUCACCUGGUAAUGUGUUAGGUCUUGCAAAUUAUGCAAGUGAUGAUGACGAUGUAGAUGGUGAUAUUCAGAGUUCUGUUAUGCCAAAUUCUGGGAAAGAUGCUAUUCUUCAGCACUCAACUGUCAAAAAGCCUUCAAAUGUUAGGCAGGAUACCACUACAAAUGACAGUUCUUUGGUAGGGCUUGAAGAGCACGGUAGAAGUCAGACAAUUUUAGAGAGUGAUCUGGGCAAAACCAGUUCACUUGAGUCCAAAUAUAACAACAGUGCCGCUAUUAGUGAUAUUAGUUAUAAUAGACAAAAGAAUGUUGAAAGUAAUGCCGCUAAAAAUCUGCCAGAUGGAACUACUGCCUCUAGGCUGAAGGAUACUGUAGGCACAUUGAAACCUGACCUCCAUAAAGAAAAUGUCAAUGUCAAAAAAACAUCAAAAGAUGACUCACAAGGUAGGGAGUCCAGGAUGAAACCUGAUAAGCAUGAUCGACAUGAGAGUAAAAAUAGUUCUGUGACGGACUUCAAUAAGGACUUGGAGAGUGGUAAGAUUAGGACAGUUGAGAAGGGUGAUGGGAAUCGUAGGGGGCAUGAUGAGAGGCAUUCGAGAAAGGAGAGGACAGAUGAUCGGAAUGGCUCAAGAGAAAAGGUGAAGGAGCAAAGUCUUAAGCCUGUAGAAAAGGCACAGGAAUCUGAAUCAAGAAAAAGAUCUUCCCAUGCUGAUGACAAAGAGGAUAGAAGAGAAACAGAGAGACUCCAUAGCUCUAGUGCUAAAGAAGAUAACAACAGAAAAAGGGAACAGGCAAAGGAUAAGGAGGAUGAUAGAUCAAGGCGUAAACAUUCUACUGACUCAAGCAGGCACAAGAGAAGGCGCUCCUCUUCUGUUGGCAGUAGGGGUAGAAACAGCAAGGACAACUUGGUUAAUCAUGCCAAUGAUUCAAGUGAUGAAGCUUCUGAUGAUUCUAAAAGGAAGCACUCAAGGAGACGUAACUUAUCACCAUCACCUGUCAGGUCUAGGAGAAGACAAGUUUCGCGGUCUCCACAUAGCAAGCAUUCUCAGCGCAGGCAUUCUCCUUAUUCUUCUGUUGAUUCCAAAAGGUAUGUCGCCAUGAAAUCUUUGUUGUGUAUUGUUUUUCAGACAUAUACACGUAUGAAUAAGCAACUCAGGUGAUAUUGCCAGGCUUCUGCUUCUAUAACUCUAAAUCCUUGUAUGGUCUGUUUUAACUGCACUAAUUUAUAUGCAGGGGAAGAAGGUCAAGGUCCAGAUCACCUGUACGGCGGCAGAGAUGAUUGGAGCCAUGGUCCGCCAAGGAUUAAGAGCUAGACUUAUGUUCGUUAGUGGUCUGAAGACUGAUGAGUGCUGGAACCGAGUUUCACAACAAAGCCGGUGCAACGUGUGAAGCUACCGCAGUUGAGGACUAUACCUCUGUUUCUCUGAAUACGAAGUGGGUGUUACUUUGUUGAAUGGGUGCAUUUUGUCCCGAGGAGAAUGGCAUGCACGACAGCUUUGAGGCCGAUGGGUGAUGUGCAUGAGGUGAUGGUGGAUUUUGUAGGAAUUAUAAUCACAGUUUUGUGGCAUCACGAUUUGUAGUUGUGACCCACAUAAUUUGUAUGUAUUGCUCAAAUGUUGUCGGGACGUUGUUUUGUUCAUAUCAGCAUUGCUGAUUUUGUUUCUUUUUGGCAUGUGACAAAAUAGCAUUUUUUUUCUUCUUAAUUUUCUAUUUAUCAUUCGACCCA